AUGAGGGAUGGGAGGGCUGGUCGGUGGGGGAAGUACCAGGGAGAAGUGAAACAUAAGACAAUGAAGCUCAUUUUAGAUGAUGAUGAUGAUGAUAAAUUGAACGAAAAAUUAGACAGCCUCACCACGGUUCUCUACUCAAAACCCCCGAGCCUGGCUGCUGACGGACACAGAGUAACUCACCUGUACAAAGAGAUGGGAGAGAGAUCGAAAUAUUUGGUUUUGAUUGGAGCCGGAGCUCUACUGGGCUCUGCCGCCACCAUUGCUAUCUUUAAGCUUCUGCCCAGACGGGUGGGAAGGCAGUACAAUCGAGAGGCAAAUGACUUCAAUGGUAAAGUAGUUGUCCAAACAGGAAGCUGUAAAAUCUUGGAGGAUAUGAAUCAUGGUUCGGCAAGCCCAGACCUGGUAACUGAUGAAAUUGUUUCUGAACAACUCACUAGGAAUAUUCAGUUCUUUGGAUUGGAACACCAGAAAAAAGUGACUUCAUCCUACGUUGUGAUCAUUGGUCUUGGAGGAGUUGGAAGUCAUGCUGCAUCUAUGCUUUUGAGGUCAGGAGUAGGCAGACUUCUUCUUGUGGAUUUUGAUCAGGUCUCUGUUUCAUCAUUAAAUAGACAUGCUGUCGCAACAAGAGAGGAUGUUGGCACCCCCAAAGCCCUUUGCCUCAAGAAGCAUUUUUUGACAAUUUUCCCGGAGUGCCACGUUGAUGCAAAAGUGCUGUUAUAUGAUUCAUCAUCUGAAGAAGAAAUUCUUUCUGGGAAUCCUGAUUUUGUCCUAGACUGCAUUGAUAAUAUUGACACUAAGGUUGCACUUCUUGCUGCAUGUGUAAGAAGGGGUCUGAAAGUUUUAUCUGCAACAGGAGCUGGAGCAAGAGCUGAUCCAACAAGAAUACGUGUUGCCGACUUGAGAGAGUCAACCAAUGAUCCAUUAUCUCGAGCAGUAAGACACCGUUUAAAAAAAGAUUAUGGAAUUGAAGGCGGCAUUCCCGUAGUAUUUUCAUUAGAGAAACCCAAGGCAAAGCUGCUUCCAUUCAAAGGACCAAGUGGAGAAGAAGAAAAUCCUUCAGAUUAUCAAAUAGUGCCAGGGUUUCGGGUUCGUAUCAUUCCAGUCCUAGGAACCAUACCUGCUAUUUUUGGACAAGUAAUGGCUUCCUACACUGUGACCCAACUAGCAGAAGUUCAAGUUCAUAUGGAGCCAGUGGUGAAUUUUGAUAUGGAUCACUAUCAAGUGCUCCAUCAGCGCCUUAUCGAGCAUGAAGAGUUACUAUGUGGUACAACUAUGCAAGUUCAGGUGGAUGUUGAAGAAGUCAUGUACAUAGCCAAAGAAUUGUGGCAUGGACGAAGUGCAAGAGAUCAAGCACCUAAAGAUGUUGGACGUGGAAUGUGGCGAUCUGUCAAUGAGUUAAUGCUUGUGAGAUGGGAUCGCGUGAAACCUGCUUCUGUGUCAAAUUUAAUUCUUCUAAGAUUCAAAGAGGCUGAUGAACAUGAGUCGAGGUCUCUUGAAGAUAUAAAGGCGAAGGAACCUGAAUUUUUCUUCAGGGUAACAUCUGUGCUGAAACGAGCUGAACUGGAUUUCGACGCUUGCUGCUAUUUGACGCUUUCAGAGUUAGAAACAGGUGCUGAAUGGAACUGA